CGUUCUCCACCGAGCGCCCGCGCGCCGUUUGGGAGCGCGCAGGACCCGUCCCUACAGCAGCGAGCAGCAGCGCAUCCAUCCUGCCGUGGAGCCGGGAGCGUGGAGCCGCGAGGAGCGCACACACAGAGCGACAGAAGAUGGACGGAGUGGGAUCGUUCGGAGCGGGCCGGACCGGGUCCACUAUCGACCCGAUUACCUUCGCCAAGCAGCCGCAGACCAUCCUCAGAGUGCUGUCCUGGAUAUUUUCCUUGGUGGUCUUCGCCUCCAUCGUGAACGAGGGUUAUGUCAACAUGGGCAGCGAGCGCCUCCACUGCAUCUUCAAUAAGAACACAGACGCGUGCAACUACGGCGUGUUCGUGGGCCUGGUUGGCCUGCUGGCAUGCUCCUUCUUCUUCCUGCUUGACUACAAGUUCUCCUCCAUCAGCUCUGUUAAAGACAGGAAGAAGGCUGUAAUGCUUGAGAUCGGCUUCUCAGGUUUCUGGACCUUUCUAUACUUUGUAAGUUUCUGCUUCCUCGCCAAUCAGUGGUCUCGGACCAGAGCUGAAGAGCUGCCACUCAACCAAGGAGCAGAUGCCGCUCGGGCAGCAAUCGCCUUCUCUUUCUUCUCCAUAAUCACCUGGGCUGGUCUAACAGUGCGUGCGGUCCAGAAGUAUCUGCUCGGCACAGACAUGACACUGUUCACCACCGAGCACAUGGACGGAGGCGCACCCACCCAGCCAUAUCCCUCCAACUCUCCGGGAGGCGGCGGCACCACCACCGAGACCACGGAGACCUACCAGAGCCCACCAUUCACCGAAAACAACGCAGCACCCACAUACCAGGUUCCCAUUUACUAGAAAGGAUAGACCUGGUGAUGGUGGUGGAAGAAGAAGAAGACGACAGGGGAGAGGGAUGCAGAUAAGAGGAAACUGCUUUCUGUGAUGUUACACGUGCAGUUGUUUAUGUUGAUCCAGGCUGAGUUUUCAGUAAGCGUUGAAUUAGCGGCCUCUGAUUCCUCAUUUCUUCCUCUUGGUACCUUUUCCUUCCCGAACAUUCCAGUUUUAUCGUCACUUUUGUACGCCUCUCUGUGGAGCAAGGCCACAGCACAGGUACGAGAGCUGAUAAAUCAAAAAGAAAAACAAGUGGAGGAAAUGCAGAGCAGGAGGCCACUUUUGCCGACUUCAAACGCAUUUUGACAAAAAUAAGUAAGAAAAAAAAGUGAUCAACAAGUCAGUGACUCCACCACAACAAAGCAGUAUUAGAUCCCUAAAAAUAGUGCAGGAGGCACUCGCAUCCAGAGAGCACCCUUGUCCUAUUCUUUUCAUUUAUUCCAAAUCCCCUUUCAUGCCAAACACUGCAGGGAAUCGUUUUUCUUUUUCUUUUUUUUUUUUUCGUUGUUGUUUUUCUUUUUCUUUUUUAGCUAGAGUCUGGUCUUUCCUCGUAUGUUCCCUGCUGCAGUUAGAAACCAUCAUCUGCAUUAAAUCUGCAUGUUUCCAAACUUAGAGAUCAACUAAGUGCCAUACUGUACUGUGUGUUUCAGACAGUGACUUAAUUUAGUAGUUUUCCACAUGCUGUAAAGAAAAGAAAAACAAAAACAAAACAAAAAAAAAACACAACGGCAAUGUUUUUGUGACCAAGUGCAAUAUUUCACAUUUUUAUGUAAGUAGGUAGAUGCAGUACUGUAGGUAAACUAGUUUAGGUCAAUUUCAGGCGCUGUCUCAAAUCACAUGCAAUUCUUUGGAUUGUGCUGAUAAGUCUCGACCAUCUGACCACCCUGGUGACGUUUUACGGGAAAUGGAAGUUGUAUCAGAUGAUCAAAGCGCUCCAGAGAGAGAGAGAAAGAGGGAAUCUCUCUUCCAUGGAAGCUGAGCUAUUAUAUAUAUAAUUAGAGAAGUUCAAAUUGUGCUAUAUCAUCCUUUCAGACAUGUUUUAGUCUCCCUUAAUGAAGUCUAUCGCACAUUUUAAAGCAAACGACACUCACGGUGGAAAAUAUAAAUUGUACAGUGUCACCCUGACUGAGCCGGUGUAAUUUUGGGGUGAGCCUGAUUACACUUAAAAUUCAGUGUGGAAACCUUCAUCCUUAUUGAAUCACCAUUAAAUCUGGUAUAUUUCUGUGCCUGGCAUGAAUGGAUUAUUAAAUGGACCUAAUGGGCUCCUGCGCUGGAAGUGAUUAUUAAUCCUGGAAAGUCAGUCACAUGACUAUUAAAAACACACACACACACAAACUGAUCAGGAGUUCGGGGGUAGGGUGGGGGCUUUUACAGGCUGUGCCCAGGGGGCCUUUGUCUCACAAUCAAUCCACGGUGCCAGGGAAUGUAUUCAGUGUGUUAUUUGAGACAGCGCCCUGUGCUGACUGCUAUGUGUACAAAAAUCAGGAGAGUGGGAGAUAUUUUGGGUAAAUUAUGUAGGUCCGUUUAUGUUUACGUUUUAGAAGCUGCCAAACUGCCCUGUGUUCUUAUUGCUGUCUUCUGAUUACCACGUUACUACUACGUUACUACUAUGUUGUUAAUAG